CAGAGUCCUACGUGUUUAACAGCAAAACAAAUAUUGUCCGUGUCCUGUAGAAGAAUUUACAAUGGAGAGUCCAGCUGUAACGGAGCCCUCCCACAACACAGAUACCGAGGAUAACUUCAUACCUGCAUUAUUAUGUUUCAGCAUCAAUGUGAGGGCAUUUGGAAUCACAGUGCUGACUCCCCUGUACUCUCUGGUGUUCGUCAUUGGCGUGAUAGGCAAUGUCCUGGUGGUUCUGGUGCUCAUACAACACAAGAGGCUUCGAAACAUGACCAGCAUCUACCUGUUCAACCUGGCUAUCUCUGAUCUGGUCUUCCUUUCCACAUUACCCUUCUGGGUUGACUAUAUCAUGAAAGGAGACUGGGUUUUUGGUAAUGCCAUGUGUAAGUUUCUGUCUGGAUUUUAUUACCUGGGCUUGUAUAGCGACAUGUUUUUCAUUAUCCUGCUUACGAUUGAUAGAUACCUAGCUGUUGUCCAUGCCGUGUUUGCCCUGAAGGCCCGGACUGUUACUUUUGGCAUCAUCAGUAGCAUCAUUACCUGGGUCCUGGCUACCUUGGUUUCUAUUCCUUGUCUGUAUGUUUUCAAAAGCCAGAUGGAGUUCACUUACUAUACCUGCAAAGCAGUUUUGCCCAGGAAAAGCCUGUCACGGUUUUUGAGGUUUCAGGCUCUAACAAUGAACAUCCUUGGACUAAUUUUGCCUCUGUUGGCCAUGAUUAUCUGCUACACGAAGAUCAUCAUUGUUCUACACAGAAGACCCAAUAAGAAGAAAGCCAAAGCCAUGCGUCUGAUUUUUGUUAUUACACUUCUCUUCUUCCUCCUCUUGACUCCCUAUUAUCUGGCUGCCUUUGUUUCUGCUUUUGAAGAUGUCCUGUUCACCUAUAAUUGUUUGAGAAGCCAACAGGUGGACCUGUCCUUGAUGAUAACUGAAGCACUUGCCUACACCCACUGCUGUGUCAACCCAAUCAUUUACGUCUUUGUGGGUGAACGGUUCCGGAAGUACCUCUGGCAGCUGUUUCGGAGGCAUACAGCGGUAUCCCUGCCAAAAUGGCUGCCCUUCGUCUCCAUGGACCGAGCACAGAGGGCCAGUGCCACGUCUCCAUCCACAGGGGAAAUUGAGGUCUCUGCUGACUUAUAAUUCGGACCCCUGGAUGCCAACAAAGGCUCAGAAGAGAGUGAAAAGACAAUGUGCCUCUCCAAGACAAAUACAGACUGAGGAUUCACUCUCUUGUAAAACAGAGGAACCUUGCGGGUAGCUUAGAUAGAAUGUUUGCCGUGAUCUUCCUGUCAGAAAGGGGAUAUAUGAACAAAUUGAGACAGUCCAGAGACAGGGACAAUAGGUUCCAGAGAAGGUCUUAGACCCAACAAGAGGUAGGGUUUGCGCACUGCCAAACAAAGUGAACCCCACUCUCAGUGAUUAUGGAACCAGUUAAGUACACAAUUGUGUGUACUCUGAACCUGGAAGUCAAUGGCAGCUCACAGAUGCCGCCUCUACAUCUUGAAAACCCUGGAACUCAAGGUCAAAGUUUUUGAGACCUAUUGAGGCACUGCUUUGUCAUUUCAAUAGGAACAUCUUUAGAGAGAUUUUCUAUUUCUUAAAACUAAAGAUUUCCAGCAAGUGAACAGGGAAGGCUACUCACCUUUCCUAUUUAUAGCCUUCUCCCUAAAGGGUCAGGCCUCUAAGUAUAUAAUUAAUGUAACAUAAUAAUGUGCACUGCAUAUAUUUAUUAUGUUACAUUAACCUCCACCUCACCUUUCUAAUCCUGCAGGUUCUAUGUAUCUAAUCUGGAGUAAUACUUUCUAAUGCUUUGUCUUUACUUAAUAGCAGGGGCAAUACAUGUUGUGUGAAAUGCGUUCUGGAACAAUUGUAUCCUGCUUGACUUUGGACUUGGUUUACCUGAUGAUUCCAUUUUCAGUGGCUGCCAUCUGCUUACCUUGAGAGAGUUUACUGGGUUUGAUAACUCCAUUUACUGAUUUUAUAUCAGGCUGGGAAGUGAUAGACUUUUAUUUUCUAGUGCUUCAUUCCUCUCGAUUACUUCCCUCCCUGUGAUAUCUAUGUAUUCAUUUGUCUUACUCUAUGCUGAAUAGAAAUCCUUAAUUUUGGUGUAAUAAAUUUCAUCAAC